AUGUCGAGCGGCCUCGGCGGCCUCAACAAGUCGCCCCACGGCGUGGUCGUCGGGCUCUGCCAGCUGCAGCUUCCCGUCAUCGAAACGAAAGACCAGCUCGACGCUCAGGUCGACCGCGUGUGCGCUCUCGUCGGCAAAGCGCGGCGCGGCUCCACCUCUAUGGACCUCGUCGUGUUCCCCGAAUACAUGCUGCACGGCCUGUCUAUGGACGUCUGCGAUGAGAUCAUGUGUGAGCGCGACGGCCCGAUCGUCGCGCGGCUGCGAGCGGCCUGUGUGCAACACAAAAUCUGGGGGUGCUUCUCGAUCAUGGAGCGCAACCCUGCCGCGCCAGAGAGCCCGUUCAACUCGGGCCUGAUCUUCGACGCCGACGGCAACGAGGUGCUCUACUACCGCAAGCUGCAUCCAUGGGUGCCGGUUGAGCCGUGGGCGCCAGGCGACCUCGGCGUGCCGGUCGUCGACGGCCCCAACGGCUGCAAGCUCGCACUGAUCAUCUGCCACGACGGCAUGUUUCCCGAGAUGGCUCCGUGCGGACUGGUGGAUUUGUUUGUUCGCGAGGCGAGGCUCGGCUGGGGCGUCGAAAACAACAUCUACCAGCUCGGCCACAGAGCGUACGUUGCAGUCCAGGGCGGGGCGCGCGACUGCCCGUACACGUUCAUGCACGACCUCGUCGCGGGAAAGUAUCGGCUGCCGUGGGAGGGGCAGGUGAAGCACACCGAUGGCCGCUCCUGCGGCUUCCCCGCGCCUGUGCGCGAGUACGCGCCCUCGGCUGCGGCCAGCAACGGGCACGGCGAUGCAAAAAAGUAG